GCCGAUGUCGUUCGUCCCAACACGGCCGCUUGGGCGCCGGGACAGCCGGGGUGAGACACCCGAGCGCGACGACGGGGCCUUCACGAGCGUCGUGCCCAGCGCCAAACUGCGGUCAACGGCCGAGGCCUUGCUCCAGCCUUUCUCCAAGCGGCCGGAGGAAGUAGCCUUUCCGCGCAAACAGCAAGACGAGGCAGGCAAUCUCCCCAAGACCAAGUUCCUCGCCAUGCGUCGGCAGAACGCCAAAGGCCGCAGCGACAUGCCGCGUGAUGUCGUGCUCGGCGUGCAUCGCAACCUCGCGGCGCUCACGUCCAUCAACACCAAGGAGCGCAACGAUGCCAUUCAAGCCCGACAAGAGCUGGAGAAGGCCAAAGUCGAUAUUGAGGCACUCAAAGGCGAGCUCCGAACGAUUCACGCCCAAGAAAACCAGCGCGCAGCCUCGCGCGAGAGCAAUCGAGAUAGAGUUCGCACGAGCAUAGCGACGCCCAGCACCCCGCGCAUGUCGCACCUCAAAUCCUUUGACGCGUCGAUCGAACUUGACGCCAAGCUGCGCGCCCUCGAGAACCAGCACCAGAGCCUUGUCGAGACGAACCGCCAGCUCAUCAAGCAGCUACAGAAGGCCGAGGCGGGCCGGCAACACGCAUCAUUGACGCUCGACAGCACCCGCUCGGAUCUCGAGCGGGCGGCGAACGAGGUUCUUGCGCUGCGAGCCCAAGCGCAAGAGCUCCGAGAGCACAGCCAAACGCUCACGCAGUUUGAGGCAAUAUCCAAAAAAUUGGCACAAGAGAACGACCAGCUGCGGCUCGAGGUCGUCCGCGCCCACGACGACGUCAAUGCCAAGGCAUUACGCGACCGGAAAGGGCGCCAAGGCCUCCACGACGAGAUUGCCGCGCUUGCGAGCGAGAAGGCCGUGCACAUUGAAAGGAUUGCAGAGCUAACGGCGACGGUGGCCGCCAUCUCGGACGCCCACGCAGCGACGCACGCCAAGCUCCUGCACCUCGAGAGCGUCCAUGCGAUCUUGGAAGCCCAAGUGGAGACUCUCAUGGAGACGAACUUGGAACUCGCGCGGGCAAAAGCAGGGCUCAGCGACGAGCUCGCGCACGAGCGGUCGUCCGAUAGUCGCCAAGAGCGGAACGCACUGAACGCCAAGUGCCUCGAGCUAGCGAACGCGGUCGGCAAGCUCGAGACGGACCUGCUCCUUGAGCGCAACGUGUCGGCCAAGAAGCAGGCGCUCGUCGACCAGUACAAGGCGUCGAUGGCAGGCAUGACCGCGCAGAUCGAAGCGCUCGUCAAGCAAGUCGCGCACCUCGAAGCGCACCAAGCGCCGCGAGACGAGUCGAGUCUUUUGCACCGCCUGCAUGACGCACCCGCGUCAGCAAACGCGACCGUGGCGGCGCUUCAGAUGGCGCGCAAUGGAAAAGACGAAGCGCUCUCGAUCCUCUCGGAAGAGAAGGCGCAGCUCGCGACGCGCGUCCGCGAGCUCCAGCAGGAGAACGCUGCGCUUGUGCUGCGCCUCAAAUCCGGCGAAAACAACCAGAUCGCAGUGUUGCAAGCGCAGAUGCAGGCGCUGCUGACCAAGCAAACCGACUCCCUGCGUGCCAAAGACGCGGCUGUCGCCGACUUGGCCAAGGCGCGCGCCGACUACACCGCCCUGCGCGUCGCCUUUGACGACUUGCAGGCGAGGACAACCGACCCCGCGGCCGCGACCCUCCUUCGCCGCGCCCACGAUGAGCUGCGCGCGACGGUACAAAAGAUCGUCGAGGCCGAGGCGUCGUCCGAGAGUACGUUCACAUGCCUCCUCUGCAUGCAGGUGCUGGAGCAGCCCAUGACGCUCGUGGGCUGUGGCCAUACGUUCUGUCGCCGCUGCGUCGUCCGCGGCAACCGAGAGAGCAAGAUCGUCUGCAAGGAGUGCCACUACGAAUGCAUGGAGAAGAGCUUGUUCGAGAACCAAGCCCUCGCCGACCUCGCCGCCCGCUUUGUGUUUCGCCAACAAGCGCUGGCGUCGCUCACUGCCACAUGUCGCGACCUCGGCGCUGCCUUUGCCGCCUCGUCGCCGCCCACUUGACCCUUAGCCACUGUCGUAUCAUUCAAUGGCAUCCGUGUGUUCCAGUGGACCGCAUCGCUG